CGCUCUUCAUUCUGUUUGGGAACAACAGAGAGCAGGAUGUGGCUGCUUUAUUUUCCCUCACUGCUGAAGCUCUCAGCCCCAUAGUCCUAUCUUUUUCUCAGGACGAGUUAGGUUUCCUGCCAAGAGUCAAAUGUGAAGACUGUUCUAAGAAACCUGGAGCUGAGCACACUCACCAGAGCUCCGCCAGGAGGGCCAGAGCCUCACUGAGGGAAAGAGAAAGAAAAGUUUUCAGUUCUCCAUGAAGUAUAUGAUGUUUUGCUAUUCAUUCCCAAAGCUUCUGGAAGCAUUCCUCCCAAGAAAGGUGGAGUUGGCGGGGAGAAGCCAGAGGUGAGACGACAGUUGGGGGGACAGGCUAACCCAUUCCCUGAAUUUCCCAUGUGGGGACAGUCUUAGAGCCCGAUAGGCUUUGAGACCCAAAGAUGAGCGGCAACGGCAGCACGGAGGGUCAGCUCCUCUGGCACGGGCCACUGUGCAUUGCCUGGAGGCAGGACCUGCAAGGGGCUGUCUUCCACCUGGCCAACUGCUUCCUGCUCCUGGGCUUCAUGGGUGGCAGCGGGGUGUACGGGUGCUUCUACCUGUUUGGCUUCCUGGGCACAGGCUACCUGUGCUGUGUGCUAUGGGGCUGGUUCGGCGCCUGCGGCCUGGACAUUGUUCUCUGGAGCGUCCUGCUGGCAACGGCCUGCGUGGUCCAGCUGGCACACCUGGUGUACCGCCUGCAUGAGGACACCCUCCCCGAGGAGCUGGAGCUGCUCUACAAGACGCUGUGCCUGCCCCUGCAGGUGCCCCUGCCAGCGUACAAGGAGAUCGUGCACUGCUGCGAGGAGCAGGUCUUGACUCUGGCCACGGAGCAGACCUAUGCCGUGGAGGGCGAGACGCCCAUUGACCGCCUGUCCCUGCUGCUCUCUGGCCGGGUUCGUGUGAGCCAGGACGGGCAGUUUCUGCACUACAUCUUUCCUUACCAGUUCAUGGACUCACCCGAGUGGGAAUCGCUGCGUCCCUCUGAGGAGGGGGUGUUCCAGGUCACUCUGACAGCUGAGACUGAAUGUAGCUACAUUUCCUGGCCCCGGAAAAAGCUCCACCUCCUUUUGACCAAAGAACGAUACAUCUCUCGCCUCUUCUCGGUCCUGCUGGGCUAUGACAUCUCAGAGAAGCUCUACGCUCUCAAUGACAAGCUCUUUGCUAAGUUCGGGCUACGCUUUGACAUCCGUCUCCCCAGCCUCUACCACGUCCUGGGUCCUGCUGCCCCAGAUGCAGGACCAGAGUCUGAGAAGGAUGACGAGGAAGUCUGUGGGCCAGCCGCAUCCCCUCCUCAGGCCCUGCACACGUCUGUCCAGCAAACACCCCCUAGCUCCCCACCUCCACUGGUCACCAACUCUCCUGCACCUCCUCCCUGGGUCAGAAUGUCCAGGCCCGACAGCGGCGUCCUGGCUUCCAGAACUCCUCUCCGGAGCUACUCUGAAGUUAUGUCCAGGGGACAGGCCCCCUUGGCUCCAACCCAGACUCCUGAACUGUAAGGGUCAAUGGAUCGUCCUUUAAUCUGGCCACGUUAAUCCUCACAGGAUAGUCACUUGUGUGCACACCCCUCUUCUCACCCACUGGAAGGCUCACAGGCAAGGUUGGAGCAGACACAGAGGAUGCCAGCACUGCAACCACACCAAGGCCCCCAAGUGACUUUUAGAAAUUUGCCUUCAUCAGCCUUCCUUCCAAGAGAAGGCAUCCCAAAGUGCCAAAGCACAGAUUCUAUCCUUUACUAACUGUAGAAUUUCAGGCAAGUCACAUAGCCUCUCUGAGCAUCAUCUGUAAAGGGGUGAUUAUAAAACCCACUUCACAGGGUUGUAAGGAUUCCAUGAGUUGAUUUCAAUAAAUCACCUAGGACAUGCUGUGGCAUCUA